AUGGCAGGUCAAAAUGGAAACCCCAACCUACCGCCUUCAGAGGCAACGAACGCCGUAUUAGUUCCGUCGGAUGAACUACCUGAAGGGGCACAGAAGGUUGAGGAGAUCGACUUCAACGCUUUCAAGGGACGCCCCAUCACUGUGGAUGAUAUGGUCGAAGGCAUGAAGCAUAUGGGAUUUCAAGCGUCAUCGCUGGCCGAGGCAGUACGGAUUAUUAACGACAUGCGAGCGUGGCGCGAUCCGGAGACAGGAGAGAAGACGACAAUAUUCCUCGGAUACACCUCAAACAUGAUAUCAUCCGGACUAAGGGGUAUUUUUCGAUACUUAGUAGAGCACAAGCAUGUCUCAUGCAUUGUCACAUCCGCCGGUGGUAUUGAAGAAGAUUUUAUCAAGUGCCUCGGAGAUACUUAUAUGUCUUCAUUUAGCGCCAAAGGUGCUGAACUUCGAGCUAAGGGGCUGAACAGAAUCGGGAACCUUAUGGUACCUAAUGCGAACUACUGCGCCUUCGAGGACUGGGUCGUGCCCAUUUUAGACAAGAUGCUUGAAGAGCAAGAAGCAAGUAAGGGUACCGAGGAGGAAAUUAACUGGACACCAUCUAAAGUAAUCCACCGAUUGGGCAAGGAAAUAAAUGAUGAGAGCUCGGUAUAUUACUGGGCAUACAAGAACAAUAUCCCGGUAUUCUGCCCGGCCCUGACCGACGGUAGUCUGGGUGACAUGUUAUACUUCCACACCUUCAAGUCAUCACCGAGGCAGUUAAAGAUUGAUAUAGUGGAGGAUAUUCGAAAGGUCAACACGAUAUCUGUACGAGCUAAGCGGGCUGGGAUGAUUAUUUUGGGCGGUGGGGUUAUCAAACAUCAUAUCGCAAAUGCCUGUUUAAUGCGGAAUGGGGCCGAGUCUGCUGUUUACAUCAACACAGCUCAGGAGUUUGAUGGUAGCGACGCUGGUGCCCGACCAGAUGAGGCUGUAUCAUGGGGAAAGAUUAAAGUCGGAGCCGACCACGUUAAGGUUUACCUCGAGGCUUCUGCGUGCUUCCCCUUCAUUGUAGCUAGCACUUUCGCGAAAGACUCAUGA